AUGAAGAUCGGAUCUUGGAAUACUGCGGCCCUCUUUGCCGCUGUUCGCACCAAAAGUAUGAAGGUGGAUAUGGUCUCCGACCACAUCCCGAUAGUUGUCACGAUCAGCACCUUCAGACCUCAGGAUCUUGCGGCGGCGGUCGCCGCGUACCCGGCGCUCGCGGCUCACUUUCCUGCCGGCCUUCAGGAUGCCAGAUGCGAGGCCCUCUGCCAACGCUGGUACGUGAAUAGUUUCCUCACUCACUUGUUCACCUUCCAGGACGAAGCUGCAUCUCACGGCUUCCAGAUAUUGUAUGAGCGUAAGGAUGUACAGAAGCAGUACACGCGUGCGCUGAGGCACGAGGGCUUCAGGGGCAGCGGCAGGGGGGUGCGGGCCGGCGCGCGCCUCGGCGGCGGCAUGCCGCUGCGGCGGCUCUCGGAAGCGGCGCGCGCGUGCGCGCGGGACGCCGCGGCGGAGGCGGCCAGCGGCCGGGCGGCCGACGGGCGGUCGGGCGGCGAGGGCGGCGCGGAGCAGGACGGCAGCCAGGUGCGGGUGUAUCGGUGGAACGAGUUCGGCAAGGAGAUCACCACGGAGUUCGACGAGAGCCACUUCAGCCUGGAGGGCCACUUCGAGUCAAACAGCUCGGGCGGACACAAGGAGUACCAGGACCGGGUCCGCGCCGUUCACUUCCGGCGCGAGGGCAAGUCCAAGGCCGAAAUCGCGAGUAUGCUUGGGCGUUCUGACAAGUUCGUCGCCAAGUGGUGGCAGAAGGACGAGCGGGAGAUCCCACGCCCCUGGGGCGUCCACGAGUACCUCUCCAAAGAGAUGGGCCAGAAGACGUUCAACAACCGGGCUGGCGAGGUGCACGAGGAGGCCAAGAGCACGGCGUCCUGGUGGCGAGAUGUAGAGAUCAGGAGAGGCUAUUUCAAGGACCCGAGGGUCUACGAGGAGCUGCUGCUGCAGAGCGACUGGAAGAGCAACGCCGCGCGCACGCGUGACUUCGCCACUGGGGCGUCGCACGUGCGGUACGACAAGGACGGGAAAAUGCGCAUGCAAGGCAAUCAGGGUGCCAAGUACAGGCAGGGGCAGUCGGCCGCCAUGGACCGCUGCAUCCAGAAGUUCUUCGCGGAGUACGGCGUGGCCGAGCGGACCUCGGGGAUCUCGCUCAACCUGUACCCCGAUGGCCACUCCACCCUGGGAAGCCACAGGCACGACUGCUGGACAGCACUCUUCAGUUUCGGCCACGAGCGGAUCCUCACCAUCGACAAGACCCCGGUCCUGUGCCAGGAUGGCGACCUCCUGAUAUUCGGCACUCAACGCCACGGCGUGCCACUCAUGCCUGACAUCACCGAGGGCCGCAUCACGGUCCCCGUCUUCUUCUACCCAGACCACCUCCAGAUGCAGAAGCAGUGGCAGACGCUGACGGACCCCGAGGACCCGCGCGCCUCGCGCACCCUGGCCAGGCUCGAGCGCGAGCACGGCCUCGGCGCCGACGCCGCCGAAGCUGCCCUGUGGGGCGGCCCAGGCCGCGCCGCGGCCGUGGAGCAGCUCGCCCGGGCUGGCUUCGACCCCGCCCUCGCGCGGCAGGCGCUGCACGCCCACGGCUUCGACCCGGAGGCGGGAGCGCUGCUCGGUAACUAUACGCUCCGGGGAGGCCGCGCCCCUGGCACGUCCUCCGGAGCCGCGGGAUCUCAGAGGAGCGGCCGCUGGGGCCACGCCCGCGGCGCGGGCGCGCCGGAGGCCCGGGCCGGCGGCGGCGCGGGCGGCGGCGGGGCGCUGGCCCAGGAGGAGCACGGCGUCAGCGAGGACGAGGCGCUCGCGCUGCAGAUGCAGCUGGACGAGGAGGGCGCGUUGGGCCUCGACGGGGCGCUCUGCUGCGGCGGCCACGCGGACUGCGGAGACGACGAGGAUCUGGCCGCCGCGCUCGCCGCCCAGAUGGAAGAGCAGGACCGUGCAGGCGGCCCGCCAGGAGCACAGGCUGCGCUGCUGGAGGCGCAGUUCCAGGCCUACGAGGACCAGCUCCGACAGGAGGAUGCGGAGCGCUGGCACGGUCAUGGCGACCUCAUGCAGAGCGGGUUUGCGCGCGAGGUGUUGACGCUUGCCUCGAUGGACAAGGUCUCCUGCUACUCCGUAGGCCACGGGCGCAUGCCAGAGAAGAGCUUCUACGAGCUGCUAUCGAUGCAUGCCAUCAGGACGUUGUAUGACUUCCGCCACUGCGACCAUCACGGCGAGGUCUACACUCCGUGCCAGCGCUAUUCCGUCCGCGCCCUGCAGAGCACUUGCCGAGCGCGGGGACUGAAGUACAAGCACGUGGCGCUCGGGCGCGAGAGCGCCUACGGCGUCUUGGCCCACAUCUCCAGCGACGAGGCCCAGCAUGCCCUGAUCGAGCUGGUGUGGCACGCGAAGCGCGGGCGCACGGCGUUCCUUGGCUUCGAGGAGGACUGGCGCAUGGACAGACGGCAGGUGGUGGCCGAGGAGCUCGCGAAGGUGGGCCACGCUGUGAAGCACAUCGACAGCACCGGCGCCACCGAGGACCACGUGCUGCUGGGGUCCUUCCCCGAUUUCAUCGUCCAGGAGGAGGAGAAGCUGCGGAAGCUCGAGAAGAUGCGCCAAGCUGGGGAGCUGAAGCGGCCCGAGAAGUCUGCGGUGGACCGCUCCAGCGAGGCCAUCGCGUCCAGGCUCGAUCGACCAGCACAGGCGGUAGACGCGAUGGACGAGCUGCGAGCCGCCGGCAACCAGGUAGAGCUGGAGCAGGUGCAGCGCCGCCUGGCCCGGGUGCAGCGCCUGGCAGACAGGAAGGGCGUCAUGGCGAACAAGGAGUUAGCCGGCGCUCCGCGCUGGAUCCUCGAGGAGGCCAGAGAGCAGGAGAGGUGGAUCGCGCAGAAGAAGGCCGAGAAGGCCCAGCAGGCGCCGAGGGCCGAGAAGGCCCAGCGGGCCGCAGCGGCCGACGAGCCCGAGCAGGGCGAAGGCGCCGAGGCAGCCGCCGAGGCGCUGAUCGUGGAGUGCUCGCUGUGCUCCGCGCCAGCGCCGUGGCGCGUGCUGCAGCUGGGCGACGGCGCCUGCCCCCUCUGCCGCGCGGCGGAGGGCGGCAGCGGCUCCGCCGGCUCCGCGCGGGCCGGGCCACCGCCGGC